AUGCCUCCUGAGCGACGCCAUGUCCGUGCACAGCAGGCAUGCGCAUACUACAGACAGCGCAAGAUGAAAUGUACUGGCGAACGACCUCGUUGUAAAAACUGUGAGAUUUACGAGCAGGAGUGCGUUUUCAGUGGUCCCACACGAAGGCCACGUCCCACCAAUGCUGCACUCAAUGAACUUCUCGAGGAGAAUCGGCGUCUUCGCGAACAAGUCUCAACAGACAGUCUACCUAAUCAAGCUCAGAUUGAAGCAAGUCACAAUGAAAUUAGGGGUUCAACAGCGGAACAGACGAUACCACCUGAGGACCCCCUGUCAACAUUGUCGCCGCAGAGCCAAUCCGCCGUCACAGCGAUGAUCCAGAGAUCGAGCCCUAUCACAUUGCAGGGUGAUGUCGAAACGCCAGCUUCUGUAGGGAGCACGACUUACCACGGCCCUACAAGCACAUUAUUCAACGAGGCAGCAUCAUCCAACAGACAGUCUCGAUCAUACCUGACUAAGGAGCGGGAGACUUGGAUGCCUAGGAUCCUGGUAGCAGCAGCAGCAGAGCAGCGACAGCUCGAGAGCAUCAACUUUCGUGCCGGCAAGCUCGAUUUUGAUGGUGUCGAUCCCGAACUUGGCAUGCAUCUGCUAAAUCUCCACUGGAAUCGACAACAUCACUCGUUCCUCAUCACAUAUCGACCAGCAUUCAUGAGAGACAUGGCCUGCAAUGGGCCGUACUUCUCAAAGAUCCUGCUCAAUGCGAUAUUCUACGGAGCUUCAAAGUUCAGUCCAAGGUUAGACCUACGCAAGGACCCAAACGAUGUCAGAACAGCUGGUUGGCAGUUUCGCAAUCGCGUGCGUGACCUUCUCGGACAAGCACUUGAUCAUAGCGAGAUUACCACAAUUCAGGCAUUACUGCAGAUGAGCAAUUCGCUUUUCGCCCUCGGCGACGAACAGAGCGCUGCUUGGGUAUACGCCGGAACUGCCUUUCGGAUGCUAGUGGAUGUCGGGCUUCACGUAGACGCAGCGAUGAUGCCAACCAUGCAACGAUUUUCCGAAGAAGAUCUCGAGAUCCGCCGACGAGUCUACUGGUCAGCAUAUGUCGUCGAUAAGAUGCAAUCUUUAUAUCAAGGUCGUCCAGCUAGUUUAAGAGCUAUCGAUGGCCAGGUACCUAUCAAGUUCAUGGAUACAUAUGAGGAGCUGGAACAAUGGCAUCCUUUCGCAUAUGCUAGUGGGCCAAGUUAUCCUGGAUCACCGAGCUACAGUGUGUCGACAUUUGAACAACUGUGUAAGCUUUGCAUGAUCCUCCAGCAGAUUCUUGACAGAACAUAUUGCGAGAGAGAACAGAAGCGAAAUACUCAAGACUUGGUUCAGGAUCUGGAGUAUGUUGAGAAGCAGCUACAGGACUGGAUGGCUGAGCUGCCUGAACAUCUGCGGAUUGAUACCAAUAGUGAUUGUGGCAUUCAGCAGCUCCCACCGCCGCAUGUCUUCUCGCUCCAGUGUAUGUGGAACGUCCUUAGGGUGCUUCUACAUCGCCCGCUAGUAGCUGAUGGCCAUUUACAUUCGACUUUGCCAUCGACUUCAAAGUCUUCACUCGCAACGUGUACGGAAGCGGCCAUCAACAUAGUGAAGCUGGUACGGCUCUACGAUAGAUCAUUUUCUGUAAGGCGAGCACCAUACCUCAUACCGUACGCGACUUACGUUGCUGCCACGAUACACGUUCGUAUAGCUGCCACAAGAGCGUCGACAUCCGAGGCUCACGAGCAUCUCCGCACAUGCCUUGCAGUAUUUGAUCAAAAUUCUGCCACGAAUUAUGCUGUCAAGAAGGCAUCAAUUGUCAUUGAGAACCUGAAGAAACGCAUGGGGAUCAAGCUGGAUGACCCAGGACCAGGUACUACCUCAAGCACUACCACUAGGGAUACGGUCACCGAUCACCCCUCGUCGGAAGUGACGUCAAGGUCACAUUCCAACGCUUUCGCAUCUCUCAGUAACAUGUCUAGCAUGGCAAGAUCGCACCUGCCGAUCGACACAAUGAUCAACCACGAACCAACAAUGGUUGCCGGACAAUUCGACCCAGACCUAGAUGUCGACACCAUCAUCCACAGCUUCAUGCACGAACAACAAUUAUACAACCAACCUACAAACUUCUCGAUGCCGGAACAUACGGCCAAUAACUUGUACGGCGGCACCAUGCCACCAACAACUUUGGGGCAGAUGCCUAGUACAAGCCUUGAAUCGUAUGAAGACGCAUUGUUUGGAUUCAAUGCUUCGGCUUUUGAUUGGUUCUAUCCUAAUCCUUUUCCAUAUCCUCAGAAUUGA